UCCCGGCGCAUCGACGUCCGGACCACAACUACUGCUGCUGCUGCUGCUUUCGGCUGGACUGUUGCUUUCGCGGUCACUUCGCAUCUCUGCAGCAAGCCGGGACACGGUGCCAAGCUCAACUGUCAGCAUUGAAAGAGGUUAGACUCUCAGUCAACAGAGGGUCAUAGCCAUAAGCACAUCAGCCACCCUCCUCCUCCUCCUCCUCCUCCUCCUCCUCCUCCUCUCAGCUGGAAAGAGUCGUCCUUCUGCCUGCAGUGGUCUAAAGCAUCAGUGAAGACAGACAGCAAACGUAGGGGGUUCUCCCUGUGAGAGUGUGUGUGUUGGAGCCUUUGGAGUUCAACGCCCCCAGCCCUUCCCUUUGUGUGUGUGUGUGUGUGUGUGUGUGUGGAUUAUGUGUGGCCUUAGAGGAGCACUUUAAGUCAGCAAAACGGUGUCCAGUCCAUGAGUCUCCCAGUGAGCUGAGUCGUUGACCAGGCUAUGAAGGAGAGCUGCUCCAAACUAGGCUGAGUCGAGCAAGAGGACGAUCCGUACGAGGAGCAGGCAGCCAUGGGGCUCGGACAGUCCAGCAAGACCCCGGUCGCCGACGACACGGAUGAGGUCAAUUUCGACCAUUUUCAAAUCUUGCGGGCUAUUGGAAAAGGGAGUUUCGGCAAGGUCUGCAUAGUGCAGAAGAAGGACACCAAGAAGAUGUACGCCAUGAAGUACAUGAACAAGCUUAAAUGUGUGGAGCGGAAUGAAGUGAGAAAUGUCCUGAAAGAGCUGCAGAUCAUGCAGAAUCUCGAGCAUCCCUUUCUGGUUAAUUUCUGGUAUUCUUUUCAAGACGAAGAGGACAUGUUUAUGGUGGUGGACUUGCUCCUGGGGGGAGACUUGCGAUAUCACCUCCAGCAAAACGUCCACUUUUCCGAAAGCACAGUGAAGUUUUACGUCUGCGAAUUGGCCCUGGCUUUGGGAUACCUCCGCAGUAAGCACAUCAUACACAGAGACAUCAAACCUGACAAUAUACUACUGGAUGAGCAUGGACACGUCCAUCUAACAGACUUCAACAUCGCAGCCAUCGUAAAGGAAGACCUUAAGGCAACGUCCAUCGCUGGAACCAAACCAUACAUGGCUCCUGAGCUAUUUCAGAGCUUCGAAGGAUCCCACCCGGGCUACUCCUUCUCUGUCGACUGGUGGUCACUGGGGAUUACAGCCUAUGAACUACUGAGAGGACAGAGACCAUAUGUGAUGAGAUCCAACACGCCAUCUAAUGAGAUUCUUCAAAUGUUCCACAAAGUCCACCCCACUUACCCAGCAGCCUGGUCUUUGGAAAUGAAGUCUCUGCUCAGAAAGUUGCUGUGCAUGGAUGUCCAGAAGCGCAUAUCCUGUCUUGCAGAGCUCCAAGAUCUGGACUACAUGUCAGAUGUCAACUGGGAUGCAGUGCUCAGCAAACAGCUUCCUCCCGGCUUUAUUCCCAAUAGGCGAAGACUAAACUGUGACCCCACCUUUGAGCUGGAAGAAAUGAUCUUGGAGUCGAAGCCACUUCAUAAGAAGAAGAAAAGGCUUGCUAGAAAGACCAGGGAACAAGGAUCUGAUGGAUCCCCACAGAAUGGGCAGCUCCAGCAGCGUUUGGACAAUGUCCAGAGAGACUUCAUUGUCUUCAACAGAGAAAAGUCAAGAAAGGCUGUGGUGGACUCGUCUGAACUUUCCACAAGUGAGAAGAACAAGGCAAUCGAGGAUGGACAGAACAACAACGUCGAGCCAGCUGCCUAUUUAUCAGGAUAGGCUUCCUACUCUCAGAUACCCACCUCAUCACUUGCACUUGCCUAUAGCUUGCAGCUGACCAACUUACAUGCAAAACCUGUUGUUCUGGCAGCACAUGCACUCACACCUGAUCUUCUAUGUUCCUGGACUCCUGAAUAGUCUGUAAAAUCUCAACAGUAGCACUGUGCACAUACGUUUCCCAUCAUUAAAUAAAAAAAAUAAUAAAAAAAAUCAACUAAAAACUGCAAGACAUCACAAGCCGGCGAAGUAAGAUGGACUUGCGGGGAGGCAGCCAUGUCAGAGACUGACUGACGGACUGCUUUGCUGUCAUCAAACAGACCGGCUCCUCGCAGAGUGUCACUCUUAUCGUGCUCCCUUACAUCAGUUGGUGCUCUUAUGUCUGCUCAGCCUCGGUUCUGAGCAUAGUGCUGUAGCAAAAAGCCAGAUCAUUUAAAAAAAAAACAAAAAAAAAAACACAACGGAGCACCUCCGCCUGAAUGUACUAACGUUGGUUUUAUAAUGAGGAAUUUUCCAGGUAACUAUGGCCAUUUAAAUAUAGUGUUGCAGCAGGUGGUACCACAUAAUAGAACCGUUCUUUUACAGAAUCUAGAGGUUGUUUCAUAGAAGGUAGAAGUUUAUUUCUGAAAUUUUCCCCUAAACGUGCCAGGUUCUCUCCAGAACGGUGUUGUCAUUCACAGUAUUGUUGUCUUUGGCAGAAAUGACCUGGCACUUUCUGGAACAUACUAGGUCAUUUCCUAAAACUUAAAGGUAACUAUUUGGAAACUACUUAGUAUUCUGGACAGCAUCUGAUAAGUUCCACAUGGUAACCUCUAAGUCAGGGAUCUUCAAUCCUGGUUUUCAUGACCCACUGUCCUGCUUCUCCCUUGACGGCUGCGGAGGAGGUCAUGCAAUAAUUUCAUUCAGGUGCAGUGGAGAAGAGACACGUCUGCUGUAUUUUUUGGACCAUAAGGCGCAUUAAAUAUUCUUCCCAUGUGUGUAAUAUCACUCCACCCCCCCCCCCCCCC